AUGUAUCACCUGAGGGUGCCUGUGCUUCUCCUCAUGCUGCUUGUGUUGCUGCGCUGCGUCACCACUGCCCCAAGUUACAGGUACUUCAGUCCCAACUCAUCCAGCGAGCAGGAAAGUGCUCUCCCAGACAGUGACGGCUGGUUAGCUCCUGGGCUAAUCUCCAACCCAUUCCUCGGCCUCAUGGGUGCACGGCCGCAAAGGGGGCUUACAGCUAUGAACAGUCACCACAUAGCGAAGAGAAAGUGCAACACAGCCACCUGCGUCACCCAAAGGCUAGCAGACUUCCUGGUCCGCUCCAGUAACACUAUCGGUACAGUCUACGCACCGACCAACGUGGGAUCUGGCACCUACGGCAAGAGGGACCUACUGCAGCCUCCCAGCUACCUGCCUCUCUAG